AUGACAGACAUUCCUAGCCGUACGCGCUCGAGUACCAAUCUCGAUGCAAGUCGACGAGCUCGUCGCCGUACCGCGUCGAAAGUCAAUUUGGCCGAAGCUGGGAAAUCGUCCAAAACCUCGAAAGCGGCGGCAAAUACCUCCGCAGAUGGAUGGGAGAGCUCGCAUGACUCUUCCGGUAAUGAAAAUGCAGACGAUGGUGCUUUGGAAGUGCGUGCAGCACUUAAGCGCAAGCCCUCUGCGACGCCAGAUGGUGCACGACCACCCAAUGCCGUGUCCUCAGCUACGGUGAACCCCAUGUUAUUGCAAGAGAAAGAGCCUAUAUCCCCACAUACAAGCCAUACGGAGACAAUGCCCGUGAUGGCAACGCCUCGUAAGGAUAGCACGAAGGAGGCAAUCGCAGCCAUGGCACCGAUUGCCGCUUCGCCACGGUCGAUCCGCUCCUCGUCGUCGGUUCGUUCCAUUCGGUCGCUUCUUGCUGGCCAGGGCGAAUCUGUGCCGCGCGAACCUGUAGCACCUGUGCUGGAUACGCGUCCUGUCACGGGCAUGCACCAUGGCGUUGUUGCUGGCUCCGGUAAUGGCCCAGCAGAGGACGAGAGUGCGGCAGACGUGUCGCAAGAGAGCCUACGACGCCCUUUCCUGACCCGUUCUCAGAGCAGUGCAUCUGCGCUUCAUCAGCAUGCGCCCUCAGUGAUGCGCACCGAUACCAUGACAGCCUCUGGCCUUUUACCGCAGCGACGACCUGAUAUACUAACACGGUCUUCCAGUACUGUGUCGUUGACAGAGGGCCUACCCAAUCGAGCAUGGACGGGCAGUCCAUCGCGUGAUCACUUAGAGCAGCUGCUGACAGGCCAAAGACAACCUGUCCGUGUCGUGUCGAACGAUACGGCUCUCCACCUGCCUGUGACUUCAUCGGGGACGCCGCUUGGCCCCAUACCGUACACGCGAUCCGGCUCACAAACCCGUAUCUCGGCCGCGUCGAUUGCGAAUUUGCUGGUCGGUCCACGAGGGCUGGAUAAGCGACCGAAGCCUGUGGUGUCCAAGUUUGCGCAACAAGCACAGCAACUUGACCCAGCUGCGACGCAGGCCUGGGCUCUUCCUAAAGCCGAGGAUGUACCCAGCCGGAUUGUCAAUGUCGAUGUACCCUUGCACUCUGUCUUUCAUCCAAUCUUUGUCGACCGUGUCAAGGCCCAACGUCGCGGUAUGACCUCGCCGCCGCCACCUGAACAGACGCAAUACCGCUACCUGUUGGACUACGGGCUAAGUGGCCCGCCUAUUGAUGACACAGCGCUAGGCCAGGCGGAACUAGCGCCUCGGAUCAAAUCAGGCUGGCCUUUGCCGGAAAGUGACCAAGCCCGGGCCCAGGCGCGGCACGAAGAGCAAGACGAGUGGCCCCAGCGCAAAGUGCUAGUCCCUGAUUCGACGACGACACUGGGUCCCAAUAUGAUUCCGUUCCACUUUAUUCAUGCGCUGACCUCCACGAUGGAAAAUGCGUUGGCGCUUGACCAGACUGAAGUCCCGGUGAUGGCCUCGCUCUUGCCGGGUGUCUCUGAUGAACUGGAGGAGGGCUUGGAUGGGCAGCGAGGCAGCGAAGAAGCGGUAGAAGCCACCCAAGAAGCUCCGGUGCACUUUAUCGACAAUGCGUCAAUGCGGGCUAUAGCGUAUACCGCACAAGCUGUGGCCGUCCAACGCUCUCACACAAUGACACGCCGCUUUGCGGAUCCGAUGCGCGCUGCGCUAGGGCGCGUCGUGCGUAUGUCAGGCUAUGCAUCGCAGCUGCCCUCCAAUGCGGAGGCUCGUGCAGCCUCCGCUUCCUCACGGCGACGGCCUUUGGCACGUAGCGGUUCAAGCUCGCCCCUGUGGCCCGGCGUUACGCCGUCGACGACUAUGCAGCGCUCCGCGACGAUGGCUUCGCUGCAAUCGUUCGCUUCCGCAUCGAAGCAGUAA